AUGGAGGCGAGCCUCCAUCACCUGUGCCUGCAGAACCUGCAGAAGCUGCUGGUGCUGGUGCAGUACUACGCACGCCUCACAGAGGAGUGCCGCGAGGGGAAGAUGCUCACCUACAUGCCGCCACCUGUCUAUCAGCGCAUGGCAGUGACCAACUACGAGCAGCACCCCCUCUUCCGCAUUCAGGUCGUUGUAGAGCGAAACGGUGCGGCCGGGGAAGCUUUCGUGCCCUCCUUCGAGCUGGCGGUGGAGAGUUUCUUCUCGAGCGCCGAUUCCAAGAGCCUGGACAUCAUCAUGAAGCGGCACAAGUUUGGGGAAACUGUUCAACACGUGAAGGGCCGAUGGCAGACGGACACUGCCAAGCAAGACCUCCUGCCCGACGGCAGCGCCCACGGGGGCGCGCCCUCGGCCAACAACUUGGCGCUGCUGCGGAACACGGCACACAUGGUGGCGCAGCUGGCGUCGGUCUUUGGCGGGCCGGUGGACCGGCUCGAGAGCGAGGAUGAGGUCAGCGUGGAUGAGCUUGUGGCGGAGCCUUCGCGGCACCAGGACAUCCGCGUCCUGCUGCAAGCGGGGCAUCUGGAGGUGAAGCUAAGCGCUCACCCCACAGAGUUCCGGGAGGUGCUAGGCGACCACUUCAGAAAAGUCGUUGAGCUGACAGAGACGAAGUACACCACCAUCGACGGGUCCCUGCAGCAGGAGGGGGAGGUGAAGCAGCAGUUCCUCGCUGGGCUGAGCUCGGUGCAGAAUGUCUCGAAGCUGCGGGAGGACUUCGAGGAGCACAUCACCAGCACGGAACCCAAACGGGGCCGAGUGGGUGGCUGA